GCGGACUGUUGGGCACUCGCAUUAACUGGGAUUAGAGGGUGUAGUAUGGGAAAAAUAGAUUUUCUUGUUUUUAUACACAUUAAAAUAAGACAUCAUCUCCCUUAUUCUUGUUAAAUAGAGAGUAGCACUCGUAUCUGCAUGGCACAAUGUUAUACUUUGUCAGCCAUAGAUUUAAACAAGAAAUUGUUGGAUUGGCUCAUCCCGGCACCUUGAGGAUCUUUCAAUGGAAGGCGAUUCAGAAGAUGUUUAUGAUCUUUUCAGUGGCUAUGACAGUUACAGAGAAUAUAGCAGUGGACUUAGUGAUAUCAGUUCUGGUCUUGGGGAUUCAAGUUUAGAUGAAGAGGAAAAUGAAGGGUCUUCAUCACUGCAGCAAUCAUCUUCUAGCGCUAACAAGGCCAAUGAGGAGAAUAGUGCUGAACCAGCUAUUUGUGAGAUGUGCGGGAUUGUGGGCACACGUGGAACCUUCUUCUCCAAAACAAAGAGAUUCUGUAAUGUCUCCUGUUCACGUAGCUAUUCCUCCAACUCCAAGAAAGCCAGUAUUCUGGCCCGGCUGCAGGGCAAGCCACCGACAAGGAAAGCAAAAGUACUACAUAAGGCAUCCUGGUCUGCCAAAAUAAAAGCUUUCCUGAAUUCACAGAGCACGGGGCAGCCGGUUGACGGAACACCUACAGGGCAAGAUGCUCUGGCUUUGGGCUUCGAUUGGGGAAAAUACAUUACAGAAGGAAACUUUGAGGCUGCCCCUGUCACCUGCUUCAGACAUGUUCCUCUCUGUGAUCAGUGGGAUGAUAUUGUAGAGGGGAUUAAGGUAGAGAGUUUAAAUACGGAUGCUGUUCUUCCCAGUCGUGUCUAUUGGAUUUCUUCAGUUGUCAAGAUAGCAGGUUACAAGGCUUUACUUCAGUAUGAAGGUUUUGAAGAAGACUCGAGCCAUAACUACUGGUGCAACUUGGGAACAGUGGAAAUUCAUCCCAUUGGAUGGUGUGCAGUAAACAGCAAAAUAUUGGUUCCACCCCAGUCCAUCCUUUCAAAGUUUACAGACUGGAGAGAAUACCUUAUGAAGAAAUUGGUCGGCUCCCAUACCAUACCUGCGGAUUUCCAUGUCAAGAUGGCAGAGAGCUUCAGAUGCCCAUUCAGACAGGGCAUGCGGUUGGAGGCUGUAGACAAGAUGAAGAUGUCACGAAUGAGAUCGGCAGUGGUGGAUACAGUAAUUGGAGGUCGAAUGAGGCUUUUGUAUGAGGAUGGAGAAAAAAAUGAUGAUUUCUGGUGCCACAUGACCAGCCCUUUGAUCCAUCCUGUAGGAUGGGCUCGUAAGGUUGGCCAUAAUAUCAAACCUCCAGACCUGAAGCGAUUUGAAAUGUCCAGUCAUCCCACUUUCCGCAAGGUAUACUGUGAUGCAGUGCCUCACCUCUUCAAACAAAUGAGAGUUGCAUAUCCUGAGGGAACAUGGUUUGAAGAGGGAAUGAAGCUGGAAGCAGUUGACCCACUAAAUCUUGGCAAUAUCUGUGUUGCUACUGUCUGCAAGAUUCUGUUGGAUGGAUAUCUCAUGGUGGGCUUUGAUAGUGCACCUUCUGCUGAUGGCUCAGAGUGGUUUUGUUACCAUGCCUCAUCACCUUCUAUAUUUCCUGUAGGAUUCUGUCAUCAGUAUGAUAUUGAGUUGACACAGCCUCCAGGCUAUACCAAAGAAACAUUUUCCUGGGAUGAAUACUUGGAGAAAACUGGUUCCAAAGCAGCGCCUGCUCGAUUAUUUAACCAUGACUGUCCUAACCAUGGCUUUGAGCCAGGUAUGAAACUGGAAGCAGUGGAUCUAAUGGAACCACGUCUUAUCUGUGUGGCAACUAUUACUCGAGUGGUCCAACGUCUGCUCAGAAUUAACUUUGAUGGGUGGGAUGUUGAAUAUGACCAGUGGGUAGACUGUGAAUCCCCUGACAUUUAUCCUGUAGGCUGGUGUGAACUGCUUGGAUACCAACUUCAACCCCCUGUGGAAGAUGAACCAAAAGAAGAGCCAAAGCCUAAGGAAGUCAAGAAAAAGAAGAAAGCUGCAUUUGGAAAGAGAAAGAAGAAGAAUCCUCAGGGGAAGAAAUCAGACAAGAAAACAAGAUCCACCGACAGCACAAAGAACAUAUCUAACCAACUGCUUGAAGAGCCCAAGCGAAAAUAUAAUAAGAAAACUAAAGCUGUAGGGAAGACACCAGAAGACAAAAAUGAUCCAGCAAAUAAGCAUGUCAUGGAAGUGGUGCCUUCCACAAGUGCUGGCAAGAAUUCUGUGGAUCUUGUGCCAGCUGACCUUGAGAUGGAAGAUAGCAGCAGCAGCAGAGAGAAUAUGUGCAACCCAAAGUCUGAAGAAGGCGAGAUUAUCGCAGUGCAAAUAAAGGAAGAAGAGAUGGAGGUUUGUGAACUCGAACAAGUAAAGAACCAGGACAUGAAAAAGGAAAUUAAAGAAGAAGAGGAGGUGGAACUAUGAAGCAGCUUUACAUGUAACAAUAAUAUAGCUGUUCAUGUAAUAAGCAAAUCCAAGAAGGCCAGCUUGUGCUUUUUUGUAAACAGAAUGAAAGUGACCAUAGGCAGCAUUAAGAACAGUUGGUUAGUGUUAAUUGCUUUGAAGAAUGCUUAUUGGCAUGUAUGUAUGUAUGUAUGUAUGUAUUUUGGCCCAUGUGACCUUUAUAUGAAAUCAUCCUCUAUCAACUGGUUUUGAAAGGUUGGGGACUGUAGAUGAUGGAUUCAACAGUGGCAUUUUAGCCUAAUGUCAAAUUUCAAAAUGAAAUUGAAAAACAGAUUGUGGUACAGGACUCUGCUGGAGCAACGCUGAUGCAUUUUGCAAAAAUCAUGUUUUUCCGUGACAGAAUCCCUUUGCGGCCAGUGCUUGUCUACUCUUUGUAAAUAGGGCCCCUGGGGGUUUUCAUAAAAAGAUGUGUAUUUAUGUAAAUAUUAUUAUGUAUAUACAGUGGGGGUAUUUUUGUUUGUUUUGGUCAAUUGUUGAGCAAUAUAUGUUGAUGAAAUACCUGCAGAGGAUGAAGAGGGGUCUGAUAUCCAGUUGCAGCAUUCUUUUAUCCACUGUAUAGGGAUUAUUCAAUUUAAAAUCUUUAAGAUAAGUAACUUGAAUCUCUAUUCAUUCACAAAAUGCUGGCACAUCCAUGUGAAAGGCAAAUAUGCUGCAGUUGUGUUUUUCUCUUAGCCCUUUAUAUAAGUUUUUUUUUCUCUCAUUAUGUCAGAAAUUGCCUUUGAUUUCAUAGCUGCUCUUCUAUUAAGAGUACCUAUCAAAUGUGUGCAGGGCUGUUUACUUAGACUGGACACCUGUACCAAAUGCCAUGUACUGCAACUUUAUGCAGUUACAGAGAUUGCCCUCUGUGUUACCCACCCUUGAGGUUACUUUACCAUCUCAAUCAGGGAUCCCCAAACAUUUUUUAGUUGUGACCCACACGCAGAUGUAAAAAGUGUUGUGAGCCACACAAGCAUUAAAAAAGGGGUUAUUUGGUAGCCCCAUAAGGACUGCUGACCUGCAGGAGGCUCUACUUGGAGUAAAACUGCAUCUCUAUACUUCCAAAACUUGUCUCCAAGCCAGAGAUUUAAAAAUGGGUACCUAUUUUGAGGCCACUGGGAGCAACACAAGGGGGUGGUGAGCAAUAUGCGAGCAAUGUUGCUCACAAGCCAUUGGUUGAGGAUCACUGCUCUAGCUGGUGCCCACCUGGUGGCUGUAUUAUAAAAUUAAAAAAUGAUUGGUGAACUUUGUAUAAAAUAUUUACGAAAAAAAGCUUUAGCUUCUAGUUGUUGCUCUGUGCUGCAACCAAAUACAAUUGUAGAAAUCCAAAAAAUAGGAAAAAAAGCCUCAGCAGGUUUACUGCAAAACAUUUAUUGUGGGUAGUGGUAACUGGGAUCAGCGGUUGGAUACCAGCCAUCUCCUGAUCCAGCUGUUCACAACUGCAUAAUCUGUGAUACAUGAAGAGUUGCUGAGUGCCCUACCAGUGAGGUGGGACGUGAAGGGGGAACUUUACUUGCAUAGUUCUGCUCUACAUGGGACAUUGUGCUUGCAAGUAAACAACUUUUAUACACAGAUUUGUUAAAGCCUUUGUUUGCCCUUCAAAAGCAUACACACUUUUAAGAUAUAUUUUGUCAGUUAAAGUAAUUUGUAAUAUCUGGCAUAAAUACUUUAUUUUUGUAAAUAAACUUCUUUUUUGUAAAAAGAAAAAAAA